GAUCAGGGACAGAGGGACAGAACACAUAGUGAGGUCUGAUCAGGGACAGAGGGACAGAGCACAUAGUGAGGUCUGAUCAGGGACAGAGCUGGAGGACGCUGAGCACGUUCCUUCACUACCCGGCAGAGCUGAGUGUAAUCUGACUCCUCUCCAGCCCCUCCUCCCUCUCUCCCAAGUCUGCAGUGUAAACAGAGCAUGCGUGGCUCUGUGUCAGAAGCAGCAGAAGGAAAUGAACGGCCGGCUGUGCGCGUUCAUGAAAGAGAGGAGAGGCCGGCCACUGGAUGAUGUGGUUAAUCUGCGCAGGCGCGGCGCCUGCAUUCGGCAGGGAGAGUUGGCCGUAUCUAGGGGAGACACAUGACAACACAGAGGGGCAACAAAGGAUAUGGGGAAGAUGCUCGGAGGUGAAGAAGAGAAAGAUCCAGAUGCCCAAAAGAAAGAAGAAGAAAGACAAGAAGCACUGCGUCAACAAGAGGAUGAGAGGAAGGCCAAACAUGCCAGGAUGGAAGCAGAAAGGGAGAAAGUCCGGCAACAAAUAAGAGAUAAGAAAUCGAGACUCAUCAGACCAGGCAACAUUUUUCCAGUCUUCAACAGUCCAAUUUUGUAUGGUUUGAAAAAGAAAGAGGAAAAAGAAGCAGAAGAGAAGGCAGCCAUGGAACAGCCUUGUGAAGGUAGCUUGACCCGUCCAAAGAAAGCCAUUCCAGCAGGUUGUGGUGAUGAUGAUGAAGAGGAAGAAGAAAGCAUUUUGGAUACUGUACUCAAGUACCUCCCAGGUCCUCUCCAGGACAUGUUUAAAAAAUAACUGUGACCACCGAAGUGAACUUCUUCUCUAGCUAAACAUAUUUUCAGCUACAAAAAUUGGGGACCAUCUAUGGAAUCUUUAACCACAAGAGAUACAUAAAAGCACACAAAUGGAUAACACAAAAAAGAAAAAAACAAUAGGAUAAUCUAGAACCUUCUUUACUGACAGAUAUAACCAUACAUGCAGACGUAUAGGCACAGUUGUAUACAUAUAUACAUUCCGGAGAACACAAGGACAGAAUAUUCUACUUCUAAUUUCCUUUUUAUAGACAUGGCUCUUUAAUCCUUACACUAUGUUACAUGGACCAAACCUGGCACUGCUGCUUUGUUUCAGCAGAGGCAGAAUUUACAAGACUUUUCAGUUUUGGAUCUGACGUUGCUGAGCAGCUGUUAUCAGCUGAGUAGAUAGGGUUAAUGUCUGUGCCCUAUAGAUGUUUACUAGACAACAAAACAAGGCUUCAGUGAUCAACAAUACCUGAAAGCUCUUUAUAGUCCUUCAAGUGUCAAUAAUAUGUGUAAAUAAUGAGCUCCUCUCCCAUAUGGGUAUAAAGACAUGCAAAGUGACAAGUGACAUAUGCAGAUUUACAGUCCACUUUGUGAAUUUUGUCACACACUGUGUGACUUCUGGGAGCUUGAAAUAUGUCAUGAGAUGCAUGUGGAGAAACCCUAGUGUGUUUCCAUCUGUUCUGUACACUGUAUAUUGUUUUCUUGUUUCUCUUUCUUCUCGCCUUUCCUUAUCUCUUCCUUGCUAAUGGGACCUGCAGCAUUUAGCUUUUUUUAUUCCAAAUUUUAGAUCCACCAACAUCCUUUGCACAGAAAUUUUGGAGAGUUCUACACAAAAUUAAACAACUUCUGGUGCCAUGUAGAAGUUACAUUUAUCCUGCGGGUCUCUUAGCAAUAAUUUUCUUGAAAAGGGAACAAGGAUCUGAAGGCUGGUGUGGAUCCUCACAUGAACGCUACUAGGGUCCAUAAACUUCUCUUCUAGAGUUCUAUGACUGUAAUGCUGAUUGCAUGCUUAGGAAAAUUCAAGUGUUUAAUGCCUUUUUGAAAUUGCAAGCACUGUCUGUCUUAGUCCUGUGCCUAUCACUGUAAUUCUUGUUUACAUUAAUACCAGUAGAGCUGUGAAUCUAACAUGUAUAGCGUUGUGUGCACUCAGCAGCCACUCACGUCAUUAUUUUUUACUGGGAGAGAUCUUAUUUUCUGUAAUCAAACCAAAGUGAUUUUCUGUUUGUCUCUGUCAGUCAAAGUGUAUGUCCAACAUUGCGAAGACAUGCAGACAUAAUUCCUUUACCCUUUCACCAAGGCAAAAUGCCAAGGACCAAACUGCAGAUCCUAUAAAGGAUAGCAUAAUAUUUUGUAUAAUACAGCACAGGGUUCAUAAGUCUCUUGGAACCACUCUAUAUACCCAUGGUUGUCAUUAGAUCCCAUGUUUGUAGCAUUAUUUUUAUAAAGAGGUCUGGUACAUUCCAUUCACCCUGUGAUUAACAAAAGUCAGUAUCUUUAUGACAUAUUAGGGAAUUACAGUAAUACUUUUCCAGGAUAUAUGCACAAUGUACACUAAUAAAAGGUAACAACAUGUGUUUGCUACAAGGCUGUAAAACAAAAAAACUUAGUCUGUCAUAGAAGCAGGAAUUGUCUUUAAAAUCAUCUCAUUUAAAUAUUCCCUCAUUUCCCAGAAAAACAAAAUCUAUUGCAUGUAGUGUACAUCAGGAUGGCUUCUGGCCAAUAUAAAAUGAUAAUGUUUCAGCUUAUCAGUGAUUCACACUGUAAUGUUUGUAGAGCAGCCAUGUGAACAGUUCUCAUUCUGGGCAUUGAAUAAAGCAGCUCUAUGUGCCUAUAGCACAGCAGGAAGUUCCAGCAUCUGCAGCUGAGUUACAUACACCCAGAUGCAUGUAAAAAAAAAAAAAAAAAUCUUAUCUACUUCUGCAAAACACCCCCUUGUUUGCCUCUUUUCACAGUGCACAAGCCUGAGCGGCAAUAUGCAACACAACCCA